AUGGCGUUACAAAAAUCUUCUGUGUCCUGUAUGAAGCUAUUAAUUCAGGGUAGCACUAAUGUGAGCUGUGAUAAUCCUUUGGAUAAUCCAUUGGUAAAGGCUGCUGAGAAGGGCUUAACUGAAGCUAUCAAGUGCUUGUUGGAAGCUGGUGCAAACCCAAAUGUUCAUGACACGUUUGGUAGAUUGCCAAUAGAGUUGGCUGCUGAGUAUGGUACACGGGAAGAUGUUGAGAUUCUCUUUCCUUUCACCUCUCCCAUUUCAACUGUGGAAAAAUGGAGCGUCGAUGGAAUCAUUAGUCAUGUGAAGAUGGAAAUCAAGCAACUUGAGAUUUUGUUUAUAUGUUAUGAUCCUAAUCUCUUGUUCUUCUUUUAUUCAGGGUACUCUGAAAUAGUAGAGUUUCUUCUUUCUAGAGGAGCUGAUGUUGAUGCAAUAUCAGUUACUGGGACACCACUCUCUGUUGCUUCUUUUAAAGGACAUGCUAGUACCGUCAAGAUCCUUUUGCAGCACAAUGCAGAUCCCAACAAAGGCAAUCGUCUGUUUGUAGCCCUAGACAUGGCAUUACGCAAAUCUUUUGUGUCCUGUGCGAAGCUAUUGAUUCAGGGUGGAGCAAAUGUGAGCAGUGCUAGUCCUGGUGAUAAUCCUUUGGUAAAGGCUGCAGAGAAGGGCUUAACUGAAGCUAUUAAGUGCUUGUUGGAAGCUGGCUCAAACGCAAAUGUUCUUGACAUGUAUGGUAGAUUGCCAAUAGAGUUGGCUGCUGAGUAUGGUACACGGGAAGAUGUCGAGAUACUCUUUCCUUUCACAUCUCCCAUUUCAACUGUGGCCAAUUGGAGCGUUGAUGGAAUCAUUAGUCAUGUGAAGAUGGAAAUCAAGCAACUUGAGGAUGGCAAUUUUGUGAAAACGAGAAUGUCUGAACUGAAAGGGCAAGGGGAUGAAGCAUUUAAGAAGCAGGAUUAUCUGAAGGCGUCAGUGUUCUACACACAGGCUCUGAAGAUGGACAACUUCGAUGCCAAGUUGUUAUCAAACAGGAGCCUUUGCUUUCUUCGUAUGGGUGAUGGAAAAAGGGCUUACGAGGAUGCAACUGAAUGCGCAGAGAUUCGCCCGAAGUGGGCAAAGGCACACUAUCGGCUAGGCGCAGCUUUUAUGUGCAUGAAGGAUUAUAACAGUGCCUAUCAGUCUCUCUCACGUGCUUUGGAGCUAAACCCUGAAAGCGAAGAGGUCGAGAAAUUAUUCUGGGAGGCAAUGGAAAUGAGGAGUUAAACUCCGCACGCCAACUACAGAGAGAAGCUCGCAUGGAACGUGAAGAUCUUUUUUGGUCCUGUUAGGCAAAAACACUUAACUUUGAACUAUGUUGCCCCUUUUUACAUGUAAUUCAUGGACUGUAGCAGAAGCUUACCUUAGAGCAAAACAUGCUACAACCUUGUCAUUUUGAGCUUUGCGAAACUCUCAUCCCGUUUGUAUGGAAGAAGUGUGGCAGUGAAUGAUGAAUUGAA